AUGCGUCCCUUGACAGCCGAAGAAACAACCACUCUAUUUGAGAAGCUUGCUAAAUAUGUGGGUGCCAACCUCAAACAUUUGAUUGACAGACCUGACGAGACAUACUGUUUCCGUCUUCAAAAGAACAAGGUUUAUUAUCUUAGCGAAUCAAUGAUGAGAAUGGCAGUGAGUGUGGGUCGUGAUCAGCUUGGCUCUGUAGGUGUUUGUUUCGGUAAAUUCACAAAGACUGGUAAAUUCAAGCUUCAUAUUACUGCUCUCGAUCAUUUAGCACAAUAUGCCAAGCACAAGAUUUGGAUCAAGCCUAAUGGUGAGAUGCCCUUCUUAUACGGCAACCACAUUGUGAAAGCACAUUUGGGUAGAAUUACAGACGAUACUCCUGAACAUACUGGUGUUAUUAUCUUUUCCAUGACUGAUUCACCAUUGGGUUUCGGUGUUACUGCAAGAUCCACCAUGGACAUGAAGAAGCUUCAACCUACAGAUAUCAUUGUUUUUCAUCAAGCCGAUGUUGGAGAAUACCUUCGUGAAGAAGAUACUUUGUUUUAA